GUUGAACCUGGCUAGCUGGGCCCGCAUGAUGUCUGUGUUCAACUUUUUUUCCACCACCAUAUAUUAUUGCUUGUUACCUCAAACUUCUCUUGUCCUGUUCUCAGUGUUCCAUUAUCAUUCUUUCAGUCGCAUGCAUAUUUUAUGUGAUAUAUAUGGACAAUUGAACAUGCUAUGGUUGUUGUUUGUUCUCCCCCAAGUUAAAGGGUGUUUUUAUUUCAAAGCUAGUAUUAAAAGCCUAAGUGCGGAGUUUCAAACCUUGAAUUUCAGGUGAAUCACAUUUUUGGGUAGCAGGGAAAUCUGAGUUGCAGUUUAUUUGUCUUACUAGUGAUUGGUUGGUUUGGCUUUCUUUCAGAGCCCAAAUGUCCAAGUUUGAAUGUUACUAACUACUAUUAAGCAACCGGAUUUGGAAAAACAUCUCCUGUUUUUUUAAGGGAAACUCACUUUACAGUUUACAGUGAUUCUCAUGUGGGUAAACCCUUUUUGUGUGUUUUAAUUAAGUACUUUUUUUCAUUCUUUAUUAUUAUAGUCAGUGGUUUUGCUCAUACAUAGUGAGAAGGACUAUUCUAUGCCAAGAGGGGAAGAAUAUAAAAGGGCAUCUCCUUUACCAACUUUUUCAUCACUGUGGAGUCUAUCCCUAUUCCAUGAUGAUAAUGGUAUUCCAUUAUGAUUUGACUUGAUUGGUUGGUUGGUCUGUAUUUAACCACAUAAAUAACGAGAUAUUAUGCAGUCUCAAUACAUUGGAGCCGAAAUUAUGAUGUCUUUAAGUGUUAAUGCUCAAGUUAAAAGUUUAAUUCAUGCAAGAUAUUGGAGCUCCUUCAGUAUCACUUCAGUUAUGUAUCACUAGCCUCAAUAAGUUGCCUUUGUUCGUUUGGUUUCUCAAACAACACAACAGUGAAUUUGGCGUCUCAGAUAUGGCUGAGAAAGAGAGUAUUCAUUCAUUUGGUGAUUGGAGGAGAAUACCAAUUUGCACUUUCUUUCAGGAUGCCAGACUAGUUUUUAAAGCAGACAGUCUUGGUCGGGAAAUUUUGUCAAUUGCAUUGCCUGCAGCAAUGGCUUUGACAGCUGAUCCUAUUGCUUCACUAGUUGACACAGCAUUUAUUGGCCAAAUAGGUCCAGUAGAGCUUGCUGCUGUAGGAGUUUCCAUAGCUCUCUUCAAUCAAGUAUCAAGGAUCGCAAUAUUCCCACUUGUCAGUGUCACAACUUCUUUUGUGGCUGAGGAAGAUACCCUUAGUGGAGCAAACCCUCAGACAGAGGAGGGUAGAUGCUUGGAAGCAGGUCAACCUACGGAUACUGAAACCAAAGAGUUAUUACCACAGAAAGUUACAGGUGGAAAUGUUCACAAUUCAGAUUUUGUUGGCGAAAGCUUUAAUAUAGCUAAGGAGGAACGUAAGAGAAGGCAUAUCCCUUCAGCUUCAUCAGCAAUAUUUAUAGGUGGCAUCCUUGGACUCAUCCAGGCAAUAUUUCUUAUAUCUGCAGCAAAACCUUUAUUGAACUUCAUGGGAGUAACUUCUGACUCUCCUAUGCUACAUCCUGCAAAGCAGUAUCUGAAAUUGAGGUCCCUUGGUGCUCCUGCUGUUCUUCUCUCAUUAGCAAUGCAGGGAGUCUUCCGAGGAUUUAAAGACACUAAAACUCCUUUAUAUGCCACUGUGGCAGGAGAUGUAACCAACAUAGCACUAGAUCCUUUAUUCAUGUUUGUAUUCCGCUUGGGUGUCAGUGGUGCAGCCAUCGCCCAUGUUAUAUCUCAGUACCUAAUUUCAGUUAUUCUCUUGUGGAGGUUGUUGGAACAAGUUGACCUUAUACCUCCAAGCAUAAAUCAUCUGCAAUUAGACCGAUUUCUUAAAAAUGGUUUUCUAUUAUUAAUGAGAGUCAUCGCUGUAACAUUCUGUGUGACGCUGGCUGCAUCAUUAGCUGCACGGCAGGGACCAACAUCUAUGGCCGCAUUUCAAGUAUGUCUGCAGGUUUGGUUGGCAGUGUCUCUUCUUGCGGAUGGUCUGGCUGUUGCUGGGCAGGCAAUUCUUGCAGGUGCAUUUGCUAAUAAGGACUUCAACAGGGCCACAGCAACUGCAUCCCGAGUUCUACAGAUGGGUUUGGUUCUAGGAUUGGCACUUGCAUUCAUUCUUGGAACAGGAUUGCACUUUGGUGCUAAAAUAUUUACACAAGAUGCUAAUGUCCUCCACCUCAUUCAAAUUGGGAUCCCGUUUAUUGCAGUCACUCAACCCCUGAAUUCUUUAGCAUUUGUAUUUGAUGGUGUCAACUUUGGGGCAUCUGAUUUUGCAUAUUCAGCCUUCUCCAUGGUUGUGGUGGCAAUUCUUAGCAUCAUUUCUCUGCUUAUUUUGUCAUCCGCUGGUGGUUUCAUUGGAAUUUGGGUUGCUUUGACCAUCUAUAUGGGUCUUAGGGCAUUUGCUGGCUUCUUGAGAAUUGGAACGGGAUCAGGACCUUGGGAGUUUCUAAGGAGCUCAUGAGUGCACAUGGCAGACACCAUAAUUAUAGCUUCAUAUUAGGCCUAGGUUUCAGUGGUGUUUGCUGAUUACAUUAAAGUGAGAUAAGCUACCCCUAGGUUGUUAAAUCGCUUGAAAAAUUCUUCUGAAAGACUAGACAAUUCUCCCUGCUUGAUUGUGCUUGGGGUAUUUGGUUGAAAAAUCUACCUCUGCAUCAUAAUAUGUACAGAAAAAUCUAACUCUACUCUCAGUCUCAUAUAGUGAAAUGAAAUGAAAUAUAGAAUCAAGCUUUUGUUUGUAA